GAAUUGAGAGCGGUGCAUUCGAUAAGCACAUGUUGUUGCCAUCACAUCAAUUUCGCACUUUCAACUCUUAUUGAAGAUAGAAAUGAGCAAUCCGGAAAAACUUAAACGCAUCGACGUUUGUCGCGUUCCUGAAAAUAUAAACUUUCCGGCUGAGGAAGAAAAUGUGCUGAAGCAAUGGAAAGCUGAAAAAAUUUUCGAAAAGUGUAGCCAGCUGUCGAAAGGAAAGCCCAAGUACACCUUUUACGAUGGACCACCCUUUGCAACUGGCUUGCCUCACUAUGGACACAUCCUGGCUGGCACCAUUAAGGACAUCGUCACACGAUAUGCCUAUCAACAGGGCUACCAUGUGGAUCGGCGUUUUGGCUGGGAUUGUCACGGACUACCCGUGGAGUUUGAAAUCGACAAGCUGCUUAAUAUAAAGGGCCCAGAAGACGUGGCAAAGAUGGGCAUAAAGGCGUACAACGCCGAGUGCAGGAAGAUUGUCAUGCGCUACGCAGACGAGUGGGAGACCAUUGUGACACGUGUGGGCCGAUGGAUUGAUUUUAAGAAUGACUAUAAGACUCUAUACCCAUGGUACAUGGAGUCGAUAUGGUGGAUAUUCAAGCAGCUUUUCGACAAAGGUCUGGUAUAUCAGGGUGUGAAGGUUAUGCCCUAUUCCACUGCCUGUACGACUUCGUUGUCCAAUUUCGAGGCGAACCAAAACUACAAAGAGGUCGUAGAUCCUUGUGUAGUUGUUGCACUCGAAGCCACAUCGCUGCCCAACACUUAUUUUCUGGUGUGGACCACAACACCUUGGACACUGCCUUCUAAUUUUGCCUGUUGUGUUCAUCCGACGAUGACUUAUGUCAAGGUGCGCGAUGUAAAAAGUGAUCGGCUCUUUAUUUUGGCUGAGUCGCGAUUGUCUUACGUAUUUAAAACUGAAGCGGAGUACGAGCUAAAGGAAAAGUUUGCCGGACAAACGCUUAAGGGUCAGCAUUACAAGCCGGUAUUUCCCUACUUUGCCAAGCGUGGCGCCGAAGUAAAGGCCCACCGUGUGCUGGUAGAUGACUAUGUUACGGAGGACUCUGGUACUGGAAUUGUGCAUAAUGCGCCCUACUUUGGCGAGGACGAUUAUCGCGUCUGCCUGGCGGCUGGCAUUAUCAGCAAGUCAAGCGCAGUGAUUUGCCCUGUUGACGAUUCCGGUCGUUUUACAGCAGAGGUCACAGACUUUGCUGGCCAGUUUGUCAAGGAUGCAGAUAAGCAUAUAAUAGCUAAGUUAAAGGAGAGUGGAAAUUUAGUUUCCAGUGGCCAGGUCAAGCAUAGUUACCCCUUCUGUUGGCGGUCGGACACCCCUUUGAUAUACAAGGCAGUGCCUUCAUGGUUUGUGCGUGUCGAACAUAUGUCCAAAAACCUGUUAGCCAGCAGCGCUCAGACUUACUGGGUUCCGGACUUUGUUAAGGAGAAGCGUUUUGGCAAUUGGCUUAAGGAUGCCAGGGACUGGGCAAUUUCCCGCAACCGCUAUUGGGGCACUCCUAUACCCAUCUGGCGCUCUCCAAAUGGUGAUGAAACAAUUGUCAUAGGCAGCAUUAAGCAGUUGGCCGAGUUAUCCGGUGUUCAAGUAAAUGAUCUGCAUCGUGAGACUAUUGAUGAAAUUGAAAUUCCAUCGGCUAUUCCUGGAAAUCCGCCGUUGCGUCGAAUUGCGCCCGUGUUUGACUGUUGGUUCGAGUCCGGGUCAAUGCCAUUUGCGCAGCAGCAUUUCCCCUUCGAGAAUGAAAAAGAUUUCAUGAACAAUUUCCCAGCUGACUUUAUUGCUGAGGGCAUUGAUCAGACACGCGGCUGGUUUUAUACGCUCUUAGUGAUCUCAACGGCAUUGUUUAAUAAGGCUCCAUUUAAAAACCUGAUUGCGAGUGGCUUGGUGCUGGCUGCCGAUGGGCAGAAAAUGUCGAAGCGCAAGAAAAACUAUCCGGAUCCAAUGGAGGUUGUUCAUAAGUAUGGUGCGGACGCGCUUCGUCUGUAUCUUAUCAAUUCGCCAGUGGUGCGCGCAGAAAGUCUGCGUUUCAAGGAGGAAGGAGUACGCGAUAUAAUCAAGGAUGUAUUCCUGCCGUGGUACAAUGCUUAUCGCUUUCUUCUGCAAAAUAUUGUGCGGUACGAGAAAGAGGAGUUGGGAGGCAAGGCCCAGUAUACCUAUGAGCGUUCGAGACAUCUACAAAACAUGGAACAUGCCUCUGUCAUUGACGUGUGGAUCCUGUCCUUCAAGGAGUCCCUAUUGGAGUUCUUCGCGACAGAGAUGAAAAUGUAUCGCCUUUAUACGGUCGUGCCAAGACUUACUAAAUUUAUUGAUCAACUAACUAACUGGUACGUGAGAUUGAAUCGCCGUCGCAUUAAGGGCGAGAUGGGCGCUGAACAAUGCAUACAAUCGCUAGAUACUCUUUAUGAUGUCUUGUAUACAAUGGUCAAGAUGAUGGCACCCUUCACUCCGUACUUAACCGAAUACAUUUUUCAACGACUUGUAUUGUUCCAGCCAAAAGGUAGCUUAGAGCACGUUGACUCUGUGCACUAUCAAAUGAUGCCUGUUAGCCAGCGCAAGUUUAUCCGUAGAGACAUUGAGCGAUCCGUGGCGCUAAUGCAGUCGGUAGUUGAGCUUGGUCGUGUUAUGCGUGACCGUCGUACACUGCCUGUAAAGUAUCCCAUUUCGGAAAUUAUUGUUAUUCACAAAGAUAAGCAAACUUUGAAGGAGAUUGAAAGCUUGAAAGAUUUCAUACUCAGCGAGCUGAAUGUGCGGAAACUGACGCUAAGCUCGGAAAAGGAAAAGUACGGAGUGACACUACGUGCCGAGCCUGACCAUAAAGUGCUCGGACAGCGUUUGAAGGGAAAUUUCAAGGCAGUUAUGGCAGCCAUCAAAGCGCUCAAGGAUGAGGAGAUUCAAAAGCAUGUGGCCCAGGGUUACUUUGAUGUUUUGGGCCAAAGGAUUGAGCUGGAGGAAGUGCGCAUCAUUUACUGCACCUCUGAGAAGGUUGGCGGAAACUUUGAGGCACACAGUGAUAAUGAAGUCCUCGUUUUAAUGGACAUGACGCCAAAUGAAGAACUGCUCCAAGAAGGCUUAGCGCGUGAAGCUAUUAAUCGUGUGCAAAAGCUGAAAAAAAAGGCACAGCUUAUACCAACUGACCCCGUACUCAUAUUUUAUGACUUGAAGAGUAAUGGUAGCAACAAAGAAGUUCAGGAAGCGAAGUCACAGCUGCAAAAGGUUCUGGUCAACUAUUCGUCCAUGAUAAAGGGGGCAGUCAAAUCGGAGUUCCUUCCAUUUGAUCAAAAGCAGGUCGAAUCAAAGAGGCAGAUUAUCAGUGAAGCUUGCGACCUCAAGGGAAUCCAACUCAACUUGACAAUUUGUUCCACUGAGGAGCUGCAGCUGCCAAAGCUUGCGUGGUUAAACGUAACCCUAGAUGGCGAACUGCAACCUCGAUUCUCCAAUAGCAACAAGGCCUCCAUUUUUCUUCAGGAUGGUAUUAACAAUCAGUACAUCACAUUGGACAAAUUGCGAAGUGAAUUGGAUGUGCUUUUCGGACUCUAUGGCAUCAGUUACAACAUUUAUGUGGUGGAUAACCAAAAGAAACUGAGUGAACUUAAGGUUGUUGACAAGAGUCUAAAUGGAAAGCUUCUUGUUUUAACUCGCAGCACGAAUGCACUAAGUCAAGAAGCCAACUUUGAAGUGGUCCCGGUUCCUUAUUCAAAUUUUGUUAAUCAGCCGUCUGGAGGCACAAUCUUUACUGAGAACCCCAAGGGUCGCAGUCUAUUGUAAGUGCUGAAUUUCAAAGAAAUGUCAAGUUGAUUGGUAUUUAUUGCAAAUGUAUCACGAUAUAAGAAAUACAUGUAUG